AUGUCGAUAAAUGCUUUGCCUGUCUUCAGCCAAGAUCUGGUCUAUGCAUCCCAAAGACUGAAGGACUACCUUGGUUUAGAUCCUUAGAGCAAAUUCCAGCCAGCCACAAACACUCUGAACAAGGUCUUUCUGGUCGACUUCAUCAGUUUCUGUGUGGAAUAGGGAGUGGAGGAACAUACCACAACCAGCAAAAUGACCAAGCAGCAAUCCUCAUUGUUUGGUGUCGACUGGAUCUGGACUCUGUUGGGAGUUGACAAGCAAAUCAAACUUAAGAUCGCUGUGCAGGCUCUGCAGCUGGCCAAGCUUUUCCAGGGUGAAAGCAGCCCCACUGAGGCACUGGAUGACUGCAGCUGGGAAGCCACGCUGGCAGACAAGCAUUUCCAGAACAGGAGCAGGUUCAAGAAGCAGGCAGAGUUCUGCCGCCUGGUGUGAUGGGACUGCCUGGGCUUGUUCAUCGUGUUUGGUGUGCCAGGGAAGCCCAAGGACAUCUGUGGAGUCAUGCUAAACAGCAUUGCCAAGAAGAAGCAAAAAUGCCACCUGUUGGGCAGGAAUGCUCUAAGGCAAUUUGUCAUGAGUACUGACAGUUUCUUGCCCACAAAAGAGAUGUUGGAAAACUGCCUCAGCACAAGAAAUGGACUGAAAGAGGUGGGCAUUGUGUACAUAAACUUUCUGUAAACCUUGUGUUAACAGCAGCAGCUCUGCAUGCCUGAAGCAAAUGCUGUGUGGGCUGAGCUCGCCUUUUUCCCAUCUUGCAUGCCAUUCCUCCACCCCCUUAUUUCCCACUUUCCCCCUCCACCCAGCACAUUUCUGUAGAUCUGCAUUAGCCAAAGCUGAUUCAGUCUCUCCAGGUUUUAAAACAACAGGACGUACCUGCCAGAAAAUGUGUUUAUAGAAGGCUUGUAAUUUUGCCAGAACAUUUCGUUUGCUAACUGUCAAGUAUUGGCUGAGGUCGAUGAAAGCUUUAUCGCCUGGAGCCUUGGGAGGUCUUAUUAGACUUGACUUAGCCUUUGUGUGCUGUGUCUGUAGAAAAGGCAGAUUGUUUUUUAAACAGGAGGAUGAGUCUGUAAUAAGGAAAAUGUGUUGUUACUAGUUGUAAAAGUUGCAGUGAGUGUGGAAGACAACACAAGGACUUCAAAACACUGUUUUGGAGGAGUGGAGCUGGUUCUCAGGAGGAGGAGGAAAAGCCCUUCCCUGGGAUAGAAAUGGGCUAUAUGAAGAAGCUAUUAAUCACCUGCCUGUUGGAAGUAAAUCAGUGCCAGGCUAUGGAUUCAGGGACAGGAGAGCCCCAGUGCUGUGAGCCACUAUGAAACGCAUGGGUAGGGUUGGUCCCAGCUGCAAAUCCUGUUCUUGCUAAGUAGCUGUGUCAGGUCAAGGUGUGGCAAAAGGCAGUGGCAAUUGUUAAAGAAAAUGUGGGAAAAUUAACAAAUGGGGACAAAAAUCUAGCACUGGGGAUGCUGAUCGGAGUCUUCGUCUUUCAAAGCUGCAGAGGUUAGCUCCUGACCACUCAUGGCAGCAAGCAGCAGUCAGGAAGGGGCGGAAGUAUUUUGCUUUGUCUUUGUUUUCGGUAUCUUAGCAGCUAAUUGUAUUUAUGUACUGAUUUAUUCCAUUUUCCUCAGCUUUUACUUUACAGCACUUUGGGUUGCACAGUUGUAGUUACUUUCUUUCAGCCACUCUUAAUCAGUGAAAGGAAGAACUUACCCAGUUUCAAACUUGAAAACCCACUGUGUUUAUAGGCCACUGUGGCACUGUAGUGACCAACUUUUGUAUAUAUGAGUAGUUUUGUAAGCAUCACCCUCCUCUGCAUGUGGCUUUCCUUAUAAUUUUACAGAAUAAAAAUAAUUUCAACAAUCUUA